CUUGUUAGCCCAGAAAAGACAUUCCUUCUUCAGACAACGAAGUAGUUACAACUCCGGUCCGAAGAUGAUGAAGUUCGCAGUCUUAUUGGCCAUCGUGGCUUGCGCUUCUGCCGCCGUUAUCCCGAAAUUCGUUGAGGAUGACGCACACGUUGCCGCCGAGUUGGCAGCCCUCAAUCCGGCUGGACGUAUUAUCGGAGGAACGGUGACCACCAUCGACAAGGUCCCAUACCAGGUUUCUUUCCGCCAGUACGGCUCCCACAUCUGUGGUGCCAGUAUCAUUUCCGAGAGAUGGAUCAUCACCGCCGGCCACUGCGUCAGCGGCGGAUCUCGCUCCUCAUACUCGAUCCGUGCCGGAUCCACCUACUCCAACAAAGGAGGCAACAGCUACUCUUUCGCACAAAUGAUCCUCCACGAAGACUACACCACCAGCAGAUACGGUGUCCCAUCUAACGACAUCGCUGUCCUCCGCACUUCUUCCCCCAUCUCCUUCGACUCGACCCGUCGUGCCAUCCCUCUGUACCGAUCCGGAGAGGAAGCCGCCGUUGGCGCUAACGCCGUCAUCACUGGAUGGGGUUACCUGAGGGAAGAUGGAUCCGUUAGCUCAGUUCUCCAGACCGUCAGCCUUCCAAUCGUAUCCAAGUCGUCGUGCAACUCCAACUACGCCAUUUACGGAGGACUCCCAGCCGGCCAAAUCUGCGCCGGAGUACCCGCUGGAGGUCGUGACGCUUGCCAGGGUGACUCAGGUGGCCCUCUUGCCAUCAACGGUCGUCUCGCCGGUUUGACAUCAUGGGGAAAUGGUUGCGCUAGGGCUGGAUACCCAGGUGCUUACACCGAGAUUGCUUCCUUCCGCGACUGGAUCCAGACCAACACUGGACUGUAAACAUGAGGCUGUUCGUGUUACACAUUGUUAUUCGGUGCCAACGUUUAAUCGAGGUUGACAUUCGAUGUUUUCAAAAUUAAUAAAAUUGACCACCACUAUUUUUCUCUUCAAA